AUGAGUAAAUGGAUUGACUUACAAAUUAGAUUUAAAAAAAAUAUAACAAUUGAUAAACAUCUUCAAGAGCUUUUAAGAAAUGAAAAAAGGCAUUGGAAAGAUGUAUUACUUAGGAUAUUUUCUGUUACUAGAUAUCUAGCUGAGCAAAAUUUAGCAUUUCGUGGAAAAAAUGAGAGGAUUAAUGUGGAAAAAAAUGGAAACUUUCUUUCUCUUGUUGAAAUGAUUGUUGAAUGGGACCCUGUCAUGCAAAAACAUUUUGAACGUAUUAAGAAUAAUGAAAUUCAUUACCAUUAUCUUAGUCAUAAGAUUCAAAAUGAAUUGAUUAACAUGUUAGGUAAUGAAGUCAAAAGUGCAAUAGUCGAAAAAAUCAAAGAAGCAAAAUAUUUUUCUGUGAUUCUUGAUUGUACUCCUGAUGUAAGUCAUCAAGAACAAAUGACUCUAAUUAUACGUUGUGUGGAUGUUUCUACAAGUCCAAUAAAAAUUGAAGAGUUUUUUGUAGAAUUUUUGAAAGUCUAUGACACAACAGGUCAAGGAUUAUUUGAAGAAUUAAAAAAUGUAUUAGAAACUCUUAGUCUAGAUAUUAAUAAUAUGAAAGGACAAGGAUAUGAUAAUGGAUCAAACAUGAAAGGUAAACAUCAAGGUGUACAAAGAAAAUUAUUAGAUAUUAACCCUAGGGCAUUAUACACGUCAUGUGGUUGUCAUAGCCUUAACUUGACACUUUGUGAUAUUGCAAAUUCUUGUACUAAAGCUAAAGAUUUUUUGGAGUGUUACAACGUAUUUAUACUGUAUUUUCUCAUUCGAAAAAACAUUGGAAAAUUCUUAGAGACAAUGUGA